GAUUCACGGACAAAAAAACCCUCAAAGACAAAGAAUUUUUGAUAUCAUUAACCUAAGUAAACAUGUUUGGACAUUUUAAUGUGCAGAACUGAAUGGGCAUAACUGAAAUUAUGGUAUCAUGAACUGUUCAUAACCGAGCAAAUUUGAGAAUUUUGGUAUGAUACAUCGAGUUCUACAGGACACUGAUUAACCAAUCACCCGCAUUUAGCGGAUUCAAACGCGAGCUGCGGCGGCAGGAGGAGGCGGAACCGCAACGUUUGUGGCUGCGCCGCCGGUCAACAAAGAGAUGAUCCCAAUAGCAGGAGCCGUCUGUUGUUCGUCGAAGUAGAAAUCUUCUGGAACACGAAAAGCGGCAUGGACGCAAACAAUCGCGAUGCUCACAAACAGAGCGGAGACCAGAACGGAUCCGACGCUCGUAAGGAAGACCACAAACAGGGUAGACACGACGAGGCCGGCGAGGAUUUCAAAAUCGGAGAACUCGCGGCCGAAGAGGACGAGAGGUUGAUCGGCAGGGCGGAAGAUGUAGAGGAAGAGCCAGCCGGCGAGGAGGGCAACGAGGAGGAAGAGGGUGAGCGGACUGCUCAUGAGCGAGAUUCCGAUCACCGCCGCGGUGAGAAUGUGGUAAUUCGUCCGGAAAUAGCUGUAGUUCUUCCGGACGCGGAGGGUGGCUUCCGAGAAGGAAUCCGGCUUGGAGAUGGCGGAGCGGGCAACCAUCUCGUACCAAGGACGGCGGUGGGAAAGGCCAUUCCGUACAUUCUCCGAGAUUUGGUUUACAAAGUUGCGAAAAGCAGGGGUGGUAACGAAGGUCCCCGUAUCAGGGGAGGCUAUGGUGGCGGUGGCGGUGAUGGAUUGGCGGUUCGAAGUAGGCGUAACCGCAGGCGUCGCCAUUGCUUUAGGCUUGGCUGACUGGUUUGAUCCAAACCUACGGUUUUUGAACUUUGCAAUUAAACGAAGUUGAUACUUCUCAGUUUUUUUAUAAAUAAAUCCAAUAGAGAUGGAGAAAAGAGGAGGAACAUGCAUCAGUGAAUCUUAUGAGAUCCAUAUUCAUCCUAUAUUUUAACUGUAAUGUCAAAUAUCAAUAUCGGUAAGAUAUCAAUACAUUUUAGGUAAAUACCGAUAGAGAUGUCACAAGUUUUGAUAAAAUGACAUUAAGACCAAUGAAGAAAUAAAAACUAUAGAAAUUACUCUAAAUAGGAGCAAAAACGUUUUGAAAUUCCAAAAUAGGUG